AUGUCACUCAGCACAUCCUCGGCCGAGCCUUCAAUCCCGGGCUCUUGGAACGACACUUCCCAAGUCACGGUAGGAUGGACGGGGGGUGGUUCGGGACGCGGCAGUAUCGAUGUUCUCUGGUCCUGCUGUGUCACCAUUAUCUUAUGUUGUUGGGUUUCCACCUUCCCUAGUGUCCCCUCAUUGAACGACAAAUGGUUCCAUCCUCUGGUAGACAAGUUCAACCUUGCAUGCAUUGGCUUCCUCGGCCCGAAUUACCUUUUCGCAAUUGCACUUGGACAGCUGUCAAGCGCAAGACGGAGCGUCAAGUUGUUUGCCCAGUUGCCUCACCCCAACCAUGACGGGGAAUGGACACUGGUUCAUGGCUUCUUUGCGGAUAUGGGCGGCUUUCUCCUCGCCGACCCCGACUAUCCCCCUUUCCCCGUCAAUUCCGAGCAGCUGUACUAUCUUGUCCGAAACGGCCAUAUGGACUUCCCGAGUCUGACCAAGGUUGAUAUCAAAGCACGAAGUCAAACUGAUGGCUUAUCAAAAGUCAUUACGCUGUGGCAGAUGUUCUGGUUUUCUGUGGCGGAACUCCAGCGUCUUAGAGAGGGUUUGCCCAUGACCACUUUUGAGUUGACCGCCCUCUCCUUCGCGCUCACCAUGCUCAUUACAUCGCUGUGCUGGUUCUUCAAGCCAACCAUCAAUCAGCCCACCAUACUGCACCUGAAGCACGGCAGGAGUGUCCAGAGUAUUCGGUCUAUUGCUAGGAACUCGACCCACCCCGAUCUUCCCUCCACUUGGUACCGCACGCCGCUUGACUUUAUCUCUCCCUCCCGCCGAUUCCGCAUCGACGUCCAUUGGUCCUACUACGCCCAGCUCACCUACAUGGUCCACUUACCCUUGUUCGGGCGAGAGAUCAAGACACGACCCUGGGAUCGACUGCCAUCCGACGCAUGGCUGGUCAUUGAUCGGGACUUGCUUGCCCCGGGAUUUGUGGUCGUCGCGGCUUCCAGCUUGGCGCCCCUAGCGGCGUGGAGCUUUUACUUCCCCACCGAGGCAGAAAAGAUGGCGUGGCGUGCGUGCAGCAUAUACCACGCGGCAUUCUCUAUCGCGGUCUGCGCAUACUAUAUUUAUGUGGCCACUCAAGCCCCGGGCGGGGCCCUCCCUAGCAAGGUUCAGGUUGUUUAUGACAUCGAGGCUGUCCAGUUGACACCGAACGGAGCUUUCGCCAGGUCGAAAGCGGUGAUCCAAGCAUGCAGUGACUGGCUAAGACGCUGGCGAAACAUCUCCCCGGAUGGCGACCCGGACAUGGAGCUUGACUUCUUCGCAGCCUCUCUACCGCUAGUGGGGACUUUCCUCUUCAUAUGCUGUCGUCUGUUUUUCUACGUGGAAUGUUUUGCUUCAAUACGGCAGCAGCCUGCAGGGGUAUACAAGGCCGUGAACAAAUAUGUUCCCUUUCUUUAG